AACUGAGCGGUGCUGAUGGGCGUGGUCCCGAUGCAUGCAGCUAGCUAUAAAUACUAUAUACCAUGACGCGCUCUUGAAUCUUCAUCGCUGGAAUCAAUCCGCCUCCGGUCCGCUGGACCAAAACCAAAGCUCGUGUCUCAUCCCGCAUCCCAAAGAGCUACCUAUACUCUCCCAACUCCUGUUCGAUUCCCUGCCGUUGCUGCAAAGUCUAUUUACUACGUCCACUCUCCUGCGGUCUCUGACUGCCUCCCCCGCGAUUAGCUGCUGCCCAACAGAUCGUCUACCAUCCUUCGGUUUUGUUGUGCAUAUCCGGUACAAUAAGGCCAACCUCCCCCCGACACUGAACCUCGCCCACCAUGCCUAAAGACAAAGAGCGCACGUUGAACCCUGCCGCGGCGCAGCGGAAGUUAGAGAAACAAAAGGCACUGAAGAAGUCCAAGGCUGAAGCACUCAACCGUCGAAAUGAAAAGUUAGCGCGUCGCAAUCCUGAGCGUAUUCAGCGACAGAUAAACGACCUCAAGGCCAUCGAGGAGACUGGACAACAACUCCGGCCACGUGAGAAACAGAUCCUUGAAGCUUUGGAGCGGGAUUUGCGGGCUGUACAAAAAGCUCGAGAAGCACUAGGAGUCAAGGCGCCUACAUUCGAGACGAGGGGUGAUCAACCGCAUGGCCAGCGGGGCCGGGGCGCUGAUGGACGUGGUGUACUUGGGAAAAGGAGGCGAGACGAUGAGCAUCGCCAUCAUUUCGGACAAUGGGAAAGCGACAGCAGCGAUACGGAUGAGAGCGUGCGAAGAAUUCCGAUGCCGAGAGACACCCCCCCGCCCAUACCGCAAGAGUACCUAAGGAGAAGACGAAGAGACGCGAAUGCAGAAGAGCGGCAAGGCCCGCAUCCACUCCCGGCAAAACCGCCUGCGGUCGAAGCAAAGACGGUCUACGAAGCCGCACCUGAAAUCAGAGACCUCCGGCAGGAAGCUGUCAGCAAAUUCGUCCCGGCCGCCGUUAGAAUGAAACAAAACGCAGUCCGAGGCCAAGGAAAGCUGCUUGAACCAGAGGAGAUGGAUAAACUUGAGCAUGCGGGGUAUUUGCACGGGGGUGCAAGCGUUGCGAAGGGCAUCAAUCCAGCGACGGAUCAAACAGCCACUAACACUCCUACACCCAUUGUAACUGGCGAUACUGUGGAUAGCGAACACCAACGGCUACUGGAGGAGGAGGAACGGUUCAAUCGAGAGCUUCGGUCUGUGCAGAUCGAGGAAGUCGAGGAUGAGGAGGCAUAGGGUCCGCGCUUUGCGAACAGCUCCGGGCGUACGACAGGCAAAAAUGUCUUGUAUUAUUACCUCACGCAUUUAAUCACCUACGAUUAACCCAGGCAAAAUCUGUUGGCACGAAGAAUCAUUCGAAAAGGGACAAGAAAGGGGUAGUGGGGGUUGUAAUUGGAAAUAAGAAUGAACGUCAGUUGAGCAUUGUGAAGCUGUUACUGAAUGAACGACUGGGAUCUCUGCGAAGUGCAUACUUGCGACAGGCAGACAGGCAGAGACACCGCGGAGCCUCAUGAAGAAGAACCCUGCUCCCCCCUCCCCCCCAAAAAGAUAUUUUCAC